AACACAAACCAUUGGAGGGUGUUUUGGAGUCGGAGGUGGAAAAUAUAAUACUGUGGGACUCCUCGGUGACAAAUUCAACUAUAACUUGUCGAAGCCACUUUUGCUCUCACUGUCGUAAACAUUCAACCACAAACUUAACGAAGUGUCGUAGGGGAGAGUCCGCAUCUCUGUGGUGCUGCAUUUGUCCGACUAUGGCGCUCAGUGGAGUGAUCGUGCCAAGCCUGCAAAUCAACUCCCCCAUUUCAGUCUCGAAUUCUGGCAACAAGCAUCUUCGUCAUCUCGGAAACGUGUCACUAAGUGCCUUACAGCUUACCCAGCAAGGCAGACUGUGUUUACCGCGGAAGGUGGGACUAGACUCCAGGGUGGUGAGAGCCAUGGCAGAAAGUGGCACGGCGGGGUCCAAGGUUGAGGAGAAGUUGGGCGUUCGCAUCGAGAGGGAUCCUUCGGAAUCUCGCCUCACGGAGCUCGGCAUUCGCUCGUGGCCCAAAUGGGGAUGCCCGCCCAGCAAGUUCCCAUGGACUUACGACGCCACGGAGACGUGCUUCCUCCUGCAAGGCAAGGUGAAGGUCUAUCCGGAGGGAUCAUCUGAAUUCGUCGAAUUCGGAGCUGGCGACUUGGUUGUGUUCCCGAAGGGCAUGAGCUGCACCUGGGACGUUUCUGAGACCGUCGACAAGCACUACCAAUUCGAUUACUGAUCUACUGAUAACGGCUUCACGCGUACAUUACAGUCAAGGCUUCAUGUCGUAUUGAUCACAAAUCUUCACCUACAGUUUCUUAGGUUACACAAUCAUAGCGCCUUCGCAACACAUCUUCUCCGCACCACGUAGAAAACCCACAAACGAGGCAGGUCGUGGAGGCGUUUUCAAGCGUCCUGCAAAUAUACGCACAAAUUUUCUGUGUACCAUGCCUGUCUACAAAAACAACAAAUGCGCACCAUUUCUGUUCCA